UGGUCCUUCGAUCUGAAGGUAGCUGUAACUGGUUUGCUCUGCUUUAUAUACUUGCAUCAUCUUGGAGGCCCUGCAGGCUGCAUGGCUGUUCCGACAAUGAUCCAAUCUUUUAUAACGUCCAAUCAUCCAUCGACGCGUGAUUCCGCCAGUGCUUGAUAAGAGGAUCAGUCAAACUGUAUUAGACACCGGUUGGGCUAUCUGUUCUCAGCACCGGUAUCUUGUCGUCAGUUUUAUCAGGUUUGCACCCCUCUUUCCCGCUUCCGUUUGAUUGAUCAUUGAUCCUGCUAAAAUUGUGGGCUUCCUGGCUUCCUUCAAUAGAUCAUCUGAAGAUUAGAAUGCCAAGAGCGCCAUCGCCCUGCGCACAUGACGCACGCACCGUGAUGCACCCAACCAGGCCCUUUUUGCAUUUAUAUACUGUGCUCUCGGAUCCAUAUGAUCAUCCCCUCUCAAGGACGUCUCCUCUAUAUUCUUGAUACGACCCUGUGACGACAGUUAACGAUGCAUACCUCUACGAUCUGCCUCGUAAUGUUAUCAGCAGCUGCUGGCCUUGUUUCAUCUCGUCCAAGCGCUUCUUAUCUCACCCACACUUUUCGGACGUUGUCGAGUGCGUCGUACAAAAGACAAAGCUCCGUUCCCUCGCAGUGCACCCCAGUCUGUGACCCUGUCAACGCUGAAGUGAAUAGUGGUUGUCCUAUAACCGCAUGCUGCACCCAGUCCUUUGAAACAAGCUACUACAACUGUCUCUUGUGUGUUGGCACUGCGAUGAAUGCUACAGAUUAUACACAGGCACAAAGCGAUCUAGACACGCUCUACCUUUCUUGCUACGAUUACGGCUAUACACUUCAAGAGCUCACUCUCCCUGGUCAAAACCCGUCCCGCACUCUCUCAACCUCUCUCCCUGUUAGUUCUUCGACCACAGCUACGUCCGUGUCGGCCACAGCUACGUCCGUGUCGGCCACAGCUACGUCCGUGUCGGCCACAGCUACGACUGUGUCGGCCACAGCUACGACCGUGUCAGCUACAGCUACGACCGUGUCAGCGUCCACUGUACUGUCUUCAAGCACUUCACCUGCCUCAUCUGGCACAGCAACUUCGCCCGCUUCUUCUGGCACGUUGACUUCGCCCACCUCCUCUAGCGCGACGCCUUCAUCCACGACUACAAGUGCUGCGCUGAGGCUAGGCACAGGAGGCGGGGUCUGGGCUUUGGCUGCUGCUGCUGUAGGAUUGCUCGUGCUCUAGAGAAGCGGAAUGAUUGACUAGGAACACUACUGCAUCAUUCUUGUACUUUCUUAGAUCAGCGCUCUCGAACACUUUACCAUGUAAUUACAAGUCGUAAAAACGCUGUGCUGUUGCUGUGCUGUGUACGUACUACAAACUAUACCGAGCUCUACGAGGUUCUUCUGAAACUACUGGUUCUUUGCUUUGGUAUUGCUCUGACCCUUUCGCGCCGUUUUCGCAUCCGACUCGCCAUUGUCGCCGCAAUGGGUUUGGAUCAUGGUUAUAGGUAGCUCCCAUAGUAUUCAGACCUUGAAAGUUUUCAAGUUUUCUUUAUCGAG